CUGUCACCCAAACAUCAUUCACUGUCUUCGCUUUAUCAAUUCAAAAGAUGAAGAAUAAUAAUGCUUCACUUCAAUCGUCUUCCCUUCCCCUUCGUUUCUCCCAUCACAGCUGCCGGGCAGACUUGACCUGUCGGUGGUUUCUCGGCCCUUCCAUUGAAUUAGACUUUAGCAUAGCGGAUGACGACGUCAACCGCCUUUAACGUCGGGGCGUCCCCCAACGAGCUGGAGCGACCUUCUUUUGCCUACCUUCGGCGACCAGUUUGCGAGUUAUGUACAGCCUUCCUAUGUGCGCCAGGAGAUCCGAGAUUUGAGUGGCCAUGACUACCCCAAGACGAAAAGCCUGUGUUGAGUGCAGGCAGCAGAAAAUCAAAUGCGAUGUCGAACAGCACCGGGUGCCUCAUGACCCAUGUAGCCGGUGCAAGAAGAUGAACAUCGACUGUCGCAUUCUGCCCACUUCGACGAGGAAUCUCAGGCAGACCAAGGCGGAGAUGCGGCGAGAGCUCGAACAGCUCAAAUGGGGUCUACGGCAAAGUCAAGAACUUGGCUCCAUGCAACCCACGACGCCGACGUCUGCCAUGGCGGCUAUGCAUCCUGCUGUCGACAGCCACCAAGUCAGUCCAGUCAUGGAACCCGGCUCCACCGCCUUCUCCACGGCCUCAGCAAGGCCCGCCUCCAUGUCCAUGUCACCCAACUUCCCAGGCCCCACGUCACGGCCUGGCACGAGCGGUGGGCCGCCCUCCGCACUCGGUACCCAUCCUCGCAUUCUGGAAGACUACGUCGUGGACGCCAAGAAGAUUGACGACACCUUCACCAUGUUUUUCCAACAGUAUCAUCACUACUUUCCCGUUCUGGACAACACCCUUUCACCCAAUGAUUAUUACGAAUUGUCCCCUUUCCUCUUCUGGAGUAUCGUCGUCACGGGCUCGAGGCGAUACGCUGAAGACCCCAUGAUCCUCGACAGGAUCAGCCAACUCAUCACUCCUCUAGCCUUCUCGUCCAUGGCACUCCGAUCCACCCCAAUUCCUGUCAUCGAAGGUCUCAUUAUCCUCUGCAUGUGGCCCUUGCCGACCAACUCGCUGUUCAAGGACGUUACCCACGUGCUUUGUGGAGCCGCGCUCCACCUGGCCACCCAGAUCGGGCUCCAUGUCUCGGGCGUAGGGCAGGACUUUGCUCGAACGCCGCUGAAGAAGAACCAGGAGCUGAAGAUUUUUCGUGCCGCCUUAUGGAUGCACUGCAUGAUCACCUACGUCAGAUCGUGUUGCGCCGAGGGCAUACCCCCUUUUGAGCUUGUCACUGCUCAACCGACGGAUGGUGACCAGCGAGAUCAAGAGGAACAGCUGAAACUUCUUCCGGAAGAUUUGAUAUUUUUGCAUAAGACGCACAUCACUCUGCUCCGUGCACUAACCGCGAUGGCGAGACUGAAUCUAAAGCACGCCAAAUCCGACGCCGCCAGUCUCCGUUCUCUGAUCAGCAUCUUUGACGGGCAGCUCUACAGUCUCGCUCCUUCAUCGCCCUCGGAUCUUUGCACGUUGGGGCUGGAUUGUGCGCGCAUUCACGUUCUAGCUUUUCACUUCUUCGCCAACCCUGCGACUCCCGAUGUAGAAGCCCUGGUCAGGCUUUAUGCCCUCUGCCUUGAACUCGCCCAAACCGUGACGGACCUCUCCCGGACCACGGAUCUAACUGCGACAUGCCCCUCCUUCUUCGACAGAACCAUCACCCUCACCGGCUUCAUCAUUCUCAAGCUCGUCCGUAGCCAACUUGCCCAUCAUCUUGACUUGCAAGCCGGCGAGCGAGCUUACUUCCAAUGCGUAAACUUCUGCAAAGCCAUGUCGCUGCAGCCCAACGACAUCAGCGUCCGUAUAUCCGCAAUCAUGACCAAUCUCUGGGGCAGUACGCGCAUCUUUCGCCGGCGCGAUGGCCGCAUAGAAUCGCUGGGUUUGCGACUACGCACCCGCCUCAGCAUGAGCGUCAGCUUCGAUAUGUUUUGGUACUGGCGUGGGGAAUUCGGCAACAUGCUGAAUCCCUACAGCGAUGAGGCGAGGGGUAGUAUCAGUGUUAGCGUUGGAGGCAUCGACGACAACAGCAGCAUUCCCUCUACGGGUGGCCCUCAGCCCGAAACACCGAAAUUCGAAAACCGCGAAGUAAACGUUCCUGCCGGAGCUGUCGCCCUCAAAGCGUCCCAGCCCUUCCAGCCCAACCUGGGAACGCCCAUGAGUGGAGUCAGCCUCGACACGUCACUGGAAGGCUACGAUUCUAGCAAUCCGCCCAUGUUGGACCAGUUUCUCGAUUACGACUGGGCCACCAACUUUGACUUUUCGAAUGACUGGACGAAUAAUCCUCAUGUGAAUCCUGGGCUUCGCCCGGGAGUGACCUCUGCCGCGAGUGCCGUUGGGCCGGUCCCGCAGGUUCAGCCUGAUGCGCCGCCGGUGGGGUAUACAGAAAUGGGCGUGAGCUAGGACCAGAACGAUACUGAGGUGCAUAGGCCUGUGGGUGAUGUUCUGUGUAGUGGGAGUAUCAUGGAAUUCGGCAUGGGAAAAUGGGAGCUGGGCUGGGUGGCAUUCUACCGGUAAGGGGUGUGCUUUUGGAGUUUGGGUGGGCUUUGUUUCUCUGUAUGCUACAUGCGGCCAGGAGUGGGGUGUGUCACUGUAGUCUAAGCAUGGUCCAAUGGGUCGGAGGUACUUUUGUGCUUCUUCUCACACGGAAGAAGACGAGGAUCAUGGAUGGGACGUGCAGCAUAAGUAAGGGAAAAGGGGAAAUUGUGUAUAUAUAAAAGAAAAAC